CCAUCUUCAAUUCUUCAAAUCACCAUAUCCCCCAAGUAAAAACCCAACCCCCUCUUCUUUCUCUAUAUCUCUAUCAUAUAAUCCCCACCUCCGGCACCUAAGCCCAAAAGCACAUAUCCGAUGGGGUCCCAACCUGAGACACCAACACUCCCACUCUUCUCAAUCCCACCCAUGCAGUCGCCGGAGCAUCCCGGGAUGCUGACGCCGCCGCUCCACACCGCCGUCUCCGUCCCCUUCCGCUGGGAGGAGCAGCCCGGGAAGCCCCGUCCCUGCACCGAUCUCAUCGCCCUCCCGCCGUCGGUGCCCGACCACGCCAUGUUUUCCGGCCGCCCCAAGUGCUUGGACCCACCCCCUAGGCUCUACUUGGAGUACUCCUCUUGCAGAAACAGCGGCACCGCCAAAUCCCCCUCCCCCACCACCGUCCUGGAUGGGCCCUACAUCACCGCAAGGCCGCAAUUCUCUUCUUCGUUCAGAUUCUCUUCAGAUGGGGCCGGUCCUGAGAAAGGGCAGCUUAGAGCGCUGGUUCUUGGGGAGAAUAAGAAGAAGAAGAGGAGUUGGUGGCAGAGGACCCUUAAGUUUAAGGGUGGGAGUAGGGAGAUUGGGGGCUCCAGUUUCAUCUUCCCGUCGUAUAACUCCAUGGAUGCCGCUAGCGAUAAUGAUAAUGGCAAUAAUUCAAGCUCGAAAAUGGCGAGAUUUACAAGAACUGGCAGCUUUUCCACACUUUCCCCUUCUAGGUCUCACUUUUGGGCAACGAUAUACCAUGGUGUUAAGCAAGUUAUGCCAUGGAAGUGCAAAAAAUCGAAGAAAGAAGGCUUUGUCCUUUAGCUUUAUUCACCAACGUUACCCAGCGUAAAAUGAAGUCGCGCUGUCGGCCACUUCAUUCCAGCCAUUUUCGAGCUCCUCGAUCUGACACAUAUGUAGCAUAUCUUCUUUGGAUCUUUUAAGGCAUUAUAUAAUUUGUGUUACGUUACUCGGAAGUUGUCGGCAGGUCUGAUGAUAAAGAUAAAUUAGCAAAUACUUUGAGGGCUGAUGAAAAAAUUAGCAAAGAUUUGUUGCAGAAGAUGAGAGUGGACUUCAUUUCUAUGGCUGUCGAUCUGUAUGUGUGAUGUUUGACUUCUAUUGUUAAUAUAAAUAUAUUUGAGAAAAAUGUAUUUGCGAAAGGGCAAAUCAUUUGCAAGUCCAACUGUGUUAGACUGUAUUACUGCAAACUUAUAAAGUAAAUAUAGUUCAAUGUUCUUACAUUAA